AUGGCAUCUUUUUCUUCAUCUUUUCCCCGGGAAAUAGUGGAAUAUGGUGGUUUGAGUAAGAUUAAGGCUUACUCCAGAGGGAAGAGAUCGGGUUGUGCCUCAAGAUUGUAUGAUGUAUUCAUCAAUCACAGGGGCCCUCAUUGCAAACAUACUCUGGCUCUUCAACUUUGCAGUUCAAUCGAGAAAAUUGGUUUCCGGCCAUUUCUUGACUCUCAGGAGAUAGAAUUGGGAGACUCAAUUCCCACCACUCUUGAAAAUGCCAUAUGCUCUGCAUUAGUUCACAUUGCUAUCUUUUCUCGGGGGUAUGCAAAGUCGGCUUGGUGUUUAGCUGAGCUUGUUCUCAUGCUCCAAUCUGGGGUAAAUAUUAUCCCUGUGUUUUAUGAUGUGACUCCUUCUGAUCUCCGCUACAUCGAAAAGGGUGUGUAUGCAGAAGCAUUUGCCAUGUAUAAAGAGAAAGGCAGAUACCUCAACCAGCUCGAGGAGUGGAAAAAAGUUCUCCACUCUGUUUCAUUGAUUUCUGGCUAUGAAUGCAACACGCUUAAUAAUGAUCGUGAUAAGGUAUGUAAAAUCAUCACGUCUGCUGUGGUGAAAGAGGUUAAAAGGAUAUCUCCUUUAGAUGUUGCAAAACAUUCAGUGGGAUUGGAUGAAAUUGUGGAUGAUUUUGAAAGCAAGUGUGGGAGGGACAAGGACAAGACGAUUUUCCAGAUCAUUGGGAUCUUUGGAAAAGAGUAUGAUGGAUCUAGUUUUGUGUUUGAUGUCAGAGAAGCGGCUGCACAGGGUGAAUUGCCUUGGUUGCAAACUAAGCUCCUCAAGGAUCUUUUCAUGGAGGACCGCCCCAAGUUUCAGAAUACAGAUGAAGGAAUAAAUUAUAUCAGGUCUCGUCUAGAAAAGGCCCCCUUUUCCCGUUUCCUUAUAGUUGUAGACGAUAUUGAUCAAAUAAGCCAGUUAGAUGCUCUACUAGUGAUAGAUAGGCUGAACCCUGAUAGUUUGGUGAUUGUCACCACCCGUAAUGAAGAAAUGCUCGUUCAGGCCUCUAUUGCUCUUAGAUACAGGAUGAAAGAAAUGAAUGAGAAGUACAGUAGAGAACUCUUCUGUUGGCAUGCAUUCCAACAACCCUAUCCAUCCAGGGAAUUUAAGGAUUUGGUAGAGAGCUUCGUGAAAAAGUGUGGAGGUUUGCCUCUAUCUCUUCUAGUGUUGGGCGGCCUUGUUUCUGGUAACACAGACCUAAGUUAUUGGCAGGUCCAAUUACAUAAUAUUUCUAAAACGCCUGGAGACAUAAGACAAACGCUUAAAAUAAGCUAUGAUUCACUGGACAGAGAGGAAAAGGAAAUUUUUAUGGAUGUUGCAUGUUUCUUUAUUGGAAAACUGAAAAGCAUAGCUAUCAGAGUAUGGGAGGGAUCAGGAUGGAGAGCAGAGCAUGCACUUCAGACUUUAAAGAUAAGUGCCUUGUUUUUGAAGUUGAAGCUGAAAUGA